AUGUUGGAUUUCGAAAUUGUAUCCAAAAACAUCUCAUUUCCAACAAGAGUGACCAUUUUGUUGACUCUACGGUCUUUAAACCGCGAAAUCAGUGUCGGAAACACAUUAUUUGGGUCCGACUCCUUAACAAGACCAAACCUCGUGGUGGAUCGACCCAGAUCAAUGGCAAUAGGAACACCUGUUUCAUUGGAGGCCGCCGCUUCCAGAUUAGAGGAUGUGACCAUCUUCCAGGAAAACGCAGUCAACGCGCAACCCAAGUCUGUUGACGGCUCUGUUGCACCUGCGGCUGCCGCGUUACCGGGAACCGCCGACCAGAAGGCAAUUGCCGAGCCAGAGAAACUCUCGCCUGCCAUUGAGGCCUUUGACGAAUUUCUGGAGGAGUACGUGUCUCCUUUCGUGAAGGUUUCCGAGAAAAUCGACGCUGUUGUGGCUGAGCAGGCCGUUCUGUUCCAGAAAGCUCUUCUGGCAGAGCGUACGUUCCUGCAGGCGGCUUCCAAGUCCAAGCCGGUCGAUUCUUCCGACCCGGCUUUCCAAUCUGCACUGGCCCCAAUCAAUGAGGUCAUCGUUAAAACCGUCGAGCUCAAGGACGCCAACCGCACGUCUAAGUUCUUCAACAACCUCAACACCGUCGCCGAGGGAAUCCCUGCUUUGGGUUGGAUCUGCGUGACCACACCCGUCUCGUACAUUCCCGACUUCAAGGACUCUGCGCAGUUCUGGUCCAAUAGAAUCCUCAAGGAGUUCAAAGAUUCCAACCCAGACCAGGUCGAAUGGGCCCGUUCGUUCAUCCGGGUGUUUGACGGUCUUAAGGACUAUGUCAAGAAGUUCCACACCACAGGCCCUACUUGGAACGCUAAGGGUGGAAGCUUCGAGGAGAACCUGAAAGGUAUUUCUGCCCCAGCCGCCCCGGCCGCUCCUGCUGCACCUGCCCCUCCAGCCGCCGGGGGUCCUCCUCCUCCACCUCCACCUCCCCCAGCUUCUGUGUUUGAGGCCAAGGAAACCAAGGACGCCGAACCAGUCGGAAUCAACGCCGUGUUCUCGGAACUCAACAAAGGCGAGGCCAUCACCUCGGGACUCAAGAAAGUCGACAAGAGCCAGAUGACACACAAGAACCCAGACCUCAGAGCCUCGUCGGCGGUUCCUGCAAAGAAAUCUGUUCCUGUUCCGCCAAAGAAACCGGCCAGUUUGAGCGAGAAACCGUCCAAGGAGAAGAAACCGCCAAAGAAGGAGCUCGUGGACAACAAGUGGAUCAUCUCCAACUUCGAAAACGUCCCAGAUAUCAUCACCAUCGACGGAGAGAUGCAACAGAGCGUCUUUAUCACCAACUGUGUUUCUGCCAUCAUCCAGAUCAAAGGUAAGGUCAAUGCCAUCACUUUGAAUGACACCACCAAGGUGGGACUUGUUGUUGAGAAGGCGGUGAGUGGAAUCGACGUGAUCAAGUCCAAGAGCUUUGAGGUGCAAAUCACCGACUCUGUUCCAUUGAUUUCGAUUGACCAGUCCGAGUCUGGCUCGUUGUAUCUUUCCAAGACGUCUCUUCACACCGAGAUCUUUACUUCUUCUACAACCUCGUUGAACGUGAACGUUCCUGAGGACGACGAUUUGAAGGAGCUGGCCGUUCCCGAACAGUUCAAACACACCGUCAAGGACGGAAAGCUCAUUAGCACCGUUGUUGAGCAUGCUGGAACUUUUUUUUUCCAAUUAUUUAUUCCCAUGUCGGACCUAAACAUAAACGACCUGCCAAAAGAAUGGCUGGAGUUGUCGAAAUACCUUCAUAGCCACUCGUUGGACUUUCGAAACUGGGAGAAGCUUGUUGAUGUGUCGUUGAAGCUGAAAAAAGACGCUAUUUCCGCGCGAUUAGUGGCCAUUUCAUACGAGAACCUUCUUGUCAACUUCCCGUAUUGCGAGCAAUAUUGGUGCAAUUAUGCUGAUUAUUUGUUCCAUAAAGGUUCUACAACUGAUGCAAAGGACGUCUACGAGCGGGCAGUUCAGGUUCUACCGAAAUCGAUCGUGGUUUGGUCAAAUUACCUGGAUUUUACCGUGGAAACUGAACCCUUGUACGAAACAAUAAUAGACCGCUUCGAAUCCGCCAGAAUCGCGGUUGGAAACCAUUUCUACGCCCAUCUGAUCUACGACAAGUACCUCCAGUACCUCAAGACACAGAGAAAACAAAAAGAGUACCAUUAUCUUCUCCGGCGGAUCAUCGAGAUCCCGUUGUACCAUUACUCCAAAUACAUCAAACAGUUUUUCAAACUGAUCGACGAGGCCAACCUCGACACAAUCAAGUAUCUCAUCACCAAGUCAGACCUCAUGUCGGUGUACAAACUCAAAUGGCCCAAUCUGAUAGGCCGCAAAGACGACAGAACGUUUUCGGACCUAAAAAAAGACCUGCGCAAACGGUACAUGGACCUGUUUAUCACGACACAGUACCACGUUUUCCAGCUAUGGCGGUUCGAGAAACUGAUUUCACGGCCGUAUUUCAGCACCGACCAGCUGUCAAGGAAAGAGCUCCAUAAUUGGGUGCAAUAUCUGGAAUAUUGCGAGACUCUGGCUCUCAAGGCUUCCCACAGAGACUCGGACUCGACAAUCACAAAGACAAACAGAGCUCUCAUCGACACUGUUUACGGACGGUGUUUGAUUGUGACGGCAUAUUAUCCAUUUUUCUGGAUCAAGUAUAGCAAUUACUAUUUGAACCUGAACCAGGUGGAAAAAGCGAAAAAGAUCUUAAUCAAGGGCAUUUACCACUGUUCGACCGAGAACGUCAAGCUUCGCAUACGAUUGACCGAUCUGGAAGUGCUUACAAAGAACGUUUCUGCUGCCAAGGCGGUGAUUCUGGAAUUGCUGCAAUUGUAUCCAAACUCGCUAGACGGCUGGCUCAAGCUGUUGCAAGUGGAACAUCUGGCGAAGAACAAGAACCUGCUUGGUCUGGUAGAGUCGAAGCUGGACGAGGUGGUCAAAACUGAAUACGAGUCGCAGUUCGACUACUUGUUUGUGGAACUGUUGUCGUACAACGUUGAAUUGGAGCCGUUAUUCGAGAAGUACUCGUCAAAGACCAGUUUUUUCUACUGGAAAGCCCGUGUCGAUUUCCAUUACUUGCAUUUUCCAGACACAGCCAAGCUGCAGACCGUCUAUGAGCAGGCGAUGGGCCUGCUGGGCGAGCCAGACCGCGCAAAGUUGCAACACAACGGCGACCCGAAACACGCGUGGAGGCCCGUGAGAGCAAGUCCGAGCGACGACAGCGUGCUGUUGGUGAUGAGGUCUCCGAUGGAGUUUCCAAUGGAGAGAAUAGUGAGGCCGAAUGCGCACGUAGAGCGAGUUCCACGUCGAGAGUACCAGCACGUUGAGCAGUUCAAGAACCGCAGCGAUCUCCACCGUUCUCACGGACACCUGGUGCAGCAGCACCAUGGGGGCCAGCACAAGCUGGAAAUGGAACAGCCGCACGUUCAAGGCAAGCUCUUUGGGCGAGUUGGCGGGGGUAGGCACGGCCACGUUGACGAGACAUGCGAGCGGGAGCGUGGCGAUGUUGUAGAUGGACUCGAACGGUUUGUUUCGCGAGACAAGUCGGCCGUAGUUGGGCACGAGCUUGCUUUUCCACGUGACCGGAACGGGCUCCGCAGACAGGAUCGUGGAGAUGGACGCGUUGGACGAGACCGACGACGAGCGCGAGAGGUCUGGCGGCGUGAGCAUGCCGUCGCUCUGGGGUUCCUGCGGCACGAACUCGUCGUCCUCGGCGGGCGUGAUGACGAUCUGCGCAGGAACCUGAGGAACCUGGAUCUCCGGAGACCGCUGUCUAUCUGGCGAGUGUUGGAACUCGCUGUCGUCUGCUCUAUAGUAGUUUUUCAGGUGGUUGAGAUCGCACGUUCUGAAUGCGAGUUUGAUGGAGUCGGCGAGCGAAAGCCGGAAACUGCGGCCGGACUCGAGACUCUCAAUGUUCUGGUCGAACGCGUCGACGGCCGUGGACUGUGUUUCUGCGCUUGUUCCGUCGUGGAGCUUGGGAUGCGUCUCUGCGAGCAGUUUUUCCGGGCUGAAGAAGUUGACGGCGAUGUAGAUGACGUACAACAGACACAUGGCCACGCUUUCGUACAGUUUGAUUUUGCCAUCAAACAGAAACAGCAACGACAGCACGAUCAGAACAAGAAACAGCGUCACGUCCUUGACGAACGAGGCGUAAUCGACGGUGAACGGUCUGACGAUGGCCAUUGUUCCAAUGACAACGGUGAGAGCAAAGUUUGCGGACCCCAACAGCUCGCCAAUGGCCAAUCCUGUAGACCCGGAGUUCAUGGCCACCCAUGUUGA